CCAGGCUCAAUGCCACAAAGACAGAGCUGGAAGCUGAAGUACAGGCGCUGGAUGGACAGACUGUUGGUGGCCAGGCUCAAUGCCACAAAGACAGAGCUCGAAGCUGAAGUACAGGAGCUGAAGAGAGACAACAGAGUAAAUGUGGCGUUGAAAGGAGUGGCCUCUCAGUCAUCUCUAUAUGGAAUCGGUGUAGCUUCAAAUGCCAUUGAUGGGACCAGAGAACCUGAAUAUGACAAACAAUCCUGCAGCCACACUCAGGAUGACACCAACCCCUGGUGGAGAGUGGACCUUCUGGGUGUGUACAGAGUGAAAGCUAUCAAUAUCAGCACUAUGCACUGCUGUGCUGAGAGGCUUAAUGGUGCUGAGAUUCGCAUCGGAAACUCACUGGAGAACAACGGCAUCAACAACCCCAGAUGUGAUGUCAUCUCCCAAAUACCAACAGGGGAGACCAACACCUUCCAGUGUAAUGAGAUGGAGGGUCAGUAUGUUGUUGUGGUCAUCUAUGUCAGGAAGGAGUAUCUCCAUCUGUGUGAGGUGGAAGUACAUGUGGACGGACUCAGCGGCUUGGAAGCCAAACUGAACUCUCUAGAGCACCAACAGCUGGAUGGACAGCGAGUGUGGGGGGCCGGGCUCGAUGACACAUGAAACGUGGCGUUGAAAGGAGUGGCCACCCAGUCAUCACUGUAUGGGGAUGGCCAGGCUAACAAUGCCAUUGAUGGCAACAGAGAAUCAAACUAUCACAAAGGCUCCUGCAGCUGCACUUCGUUUAACACCAACCCC